CCAGCGAUUCCAAUGAUAUUCAUUAUUCAUAGCCAUAACCACAACACUUCUUCUUCUAUCCCCUGAGACCCCAAAAAUGGUCUCUGCCACUACCACACUCUUAUCCUCCUCCAACCCCAUGUUUUCCACUGAUCAAACCAUUCCCAAAUCCUUCACUGGUCUCUGCAAGCCCUUCCAUUCCAGGGUUCCCACUUCCAUUCCCUUCCAUUGUAGACGACCAACCUUCUUUGUCAGAGCCACUGUUACAAAGUGGCGGUGUCCAACUCCAAAGCAAACUCUCCCUCUCAAUUAUGAUACUGGUUUCCACGAAAAAGUCCUCUUUCUGGAGUCCAUUGGUAUUGACUCAUUCUCACUUAUUGAAAAGUAUCCAAUGCUGAUCACAGCCUCUCUCGCCAACAUAAAAUCCACCGUGGAAUACAUGACCUCCAUGGAUUUCACUGCAAUUGAGUUUCAGCGUAUAGUUGGCAUGUGCCCUGAGAUUCUGACCACACAAGUCUCAGAUAUCAUCCCUGUCUUCACCUUCCUUUUCCGCGAAGCUCAUGUAAGAGGUUCAGAUAUUAAACGGGUUAUAAAUCGUCGUCCGAGAUUGCUUGUCUGCAGUGUUAAUAAGCAACUUCGUCCUACCCUAUACUUCCUCCAAAGUAUUGGCAUAGAAGAGGUAAACAAACAUACCAAUUUGUUAUCAUGUAGUGUUGAAGAAAAGCUUAUACCCAGGAUUAAUUAUUUAGAGAAUAUUGGGUUUUCUCGCCGCGAUGCAACUUCAAUGUUCCGAAGAUUUCCUCAACUGUUUUGUUAUAGUAUUAAGAAUAAUUUGGAGCCUAAAUACAAUUACUUUGUGGUGGAGAUGGGAAGAGAUUUGAAGGAGCUGAAAGAGUUUCCACAAUAUUUCUCAUUUAGCUUAGAGAAUAGAAUUAAGCUUAGGCAUAAACUGUGUGUAGAAAUGGGGGUGUGUUUUCCUCUCCCUGUAUUAUUAAGGACAAGUGAAGUGAUAUUUAGAAAUAGAUUAGAUGUAUGUGUAAAUUCUUCAACACCCUUGAAAACUUCUCCUCUUUGGGGUACUGGUUGUGAUUAUGAUCAAGUAUAGAGAAAACAUUUGCAUUAUAUAUAUACAUUGCUUUUGUAAAUUUCUAAAUGGCGAUUAGGUGCUCUUGGCCUUUCAGCAUGAAAAAGUUGAGUUAAUCAUUCAUGAGUAACCUCUUUUAACAAAUUGACUUUUUUUUGUCACUGGAAAUCUGAUGUUCAAUUUGAAAUAUUGAAUGGCAAUUUUCUUAAAAUUUCCUAUUAACUGCUCCAAUUCUUCAGGAACAACAAUAGCAACAAGUCUUGACAAUCCACAUAUUAUAUGAACUUUCUUCAUAUUUGCUCACUUGUUUCAAAAGAAUGUCCGCUGUAACACCAGGUUCACUGGUUCAGGAAGAGGUGUCAAUCAAAGGUAUCUCAAAAAUUUAGUUCAUAAGAAAAGCAAAGUAAUCAGAGAAACGAAAAUCUUAAAACUUUCUCCUCCUUGGAUAUUAAAAUUUUAUUUCCUUCUCACUACAUAGUAUAAGAAUGUUACUUUUUUUUUUUCUCUCAUGUAACUCUUCAAAUUUUUUGGGCACACAACCUAUAAGUAACUUACAAUUUACAUAACUAUCUUUCCUUUUUUUGUUGUUGUUGUUGUUGAACUUUCGUAUUGUUUGGAAGUAAAAUUAGUGAAACAAUCAAAAUACCUGCAACUGAAGUAGUUUUAAACUUAAUUUAAUAAUUAAACAAAAUUACUUACAACCUCU